AGGUUGCUGUGUGAGGUUCUUGUGCCCUCAAAUAAGAAAAACAAGUAAGCAGUGUUGGGCGUCAUGCUACUUUUCCCAUUCGAAUCCAACCCUAGCCCUUUUUAUUUUCUCUCGCAUCCUACAGAGAUCUAGCUAAGGGGGGCGUUGUUUGUCCUGAAAACCAGACUAUUGAAUACUGACUGACGGAUUGGGGACUACAUCCGUUCCUUCCUGAGAUGAUUUAUCUCUUUUGUGGCUACUUACUCCUUACAAACCAAACCCGGAGUUUUGGAACUGACACCGUGGCUGUGCUUGUGUCCCUGGCUUGCCACAGAGGCGGGCGAGCUCCGCAUGCUUCUCAGGUCAGUUCAGGGCUCCUGGAAGUGGUGAGCCAGAGUCUUAAGGAUUGGAGUGGUGACAGUGAAAGCCGAAGGGGAGUUCUUAGUCCCUACGAGAUGAAGCAGGGAUGGAGGAGGCCACUUUGCAAGAGAGAUCAGGAUCUUAGAGGUAGUGAGCUGGGGCUUCUCUUUCCUUAGGCUCUUGCCAGAUCAAGGGUGCUAGCGUCAGAAACGUCCUUGAGGUAAAAUUUCCUAAGACUGAGGAAUUUCCUGAGGUCGAGCUUGGCUCUCAGUUGAGGAUCACCUUCCAUCUUUCCUGCCUCCCGCCCUUCCGCUCUAAACCUUUCAUUCGGUAGACAGUUAACUGCCCCCGUCUUUUAUACAACAUGCGGAAAGAUAAUAUCUUUAGAUAUCGUGCUACUUUUAUUCAUAUGUAGUCUACAAUGUAAAUAGAAACCUUUUCUGUAAGAGGCAGCUUCUAGAUGAGUUUCCUAGUCCUCUCCUGACCCUCCAACAACCAUUGGACCUGAUAGCUAUACUAAACUCCUUUAUAUAAGAAUUGUAGCCAUCAGCAGGCCACAAGCUCUGGUCUUGGGAGAAACUGAUGUGAGACCACCAUAGUGAAAGGAUUAAAACACUUAUUUCAUGCCCCAUAAUUUGACUUAAUUGCAAAACUUGGUGCCAUUUUGUUUGUCUCACAAAGGGUGAUCUGUUGAGUCCAUGAUGGUACACAAUCUUUUAUUUUUUCUCCUUUCAAAGUGGACUUUGAAAUUAGCAUUCCUUCCUCCCCAACUUUGCUUGCCAGCCAUGCAGCCAAUACUCACCGUGAAUCAAAUUCUAGAGCAGUAAUAAAACACAGGCAUUAUAAGGUGUGACUCUUUUUCAACAGAAGCUCAGUACUUGACAUCUAUGUUCUCUGACUCACAGAACACAGAAGAAUAAUUAGAAGACAAUGAAGAUGCAUUUAUAGGUACAAAAUGUGAGCAUCUCGCUCAGGUGUAUCAAACAAAUGCCUAUAAACUUCAAAGAAGAAUAGUAAAUGCUUUAAUAAAAGAUACAAUGUUACUGUAAACAUAAUAAAAGAUGCUUAGAUAUUAUGUGAUAAAGAUAACCAAAUUAUUAGUUUUGAGAAUUUGGGAUCAUACUUUAAUGUUAAGUACUGUACUAGGUGCUGUGUGCAAAGAAAUGAAGAUAGUCUCAAGCACACGUAGGAAAAUAAAAAUGUGCUCAAGUCAGUGGGAUCAAAUAUUAGAUAUCAGAUUGUCUCCAAAAAUACAGAUGUCAUUAUAUGUGUAAAUUUAUAAUUCCUACAUUAUCUUUAAUGCCUACAUUUUAAAAGCUUAAAUUUCUUUCAUUUUGUUCAUUAGUUUUGAGAGGCUGACCUUUUUUUUUUUUUUUUUUUUUUUGGAUACACAAAUCUAGCCUUUUUCCCCCCAACUGAAAAAGUGUUACUAAGGCUGGUCUCUAACUUGAGAUAAUCCACCUGCUUAGCCCCUGAGUGCUAGGACUGCAAAUAUACACUGCCACACUAAGCUACAAGGCUAAAUUUCAACAUCAAAACAUGUUAUAUAUGAAUAGAGCUAUCACAAUGUGAACAAUAACUGAUUUUCAAAUAAAUUAUAGAAAUGUUAAGUGUGUAGAGGAAGGCAAAAAUCACUGACAAGACUGGGUAGACUAUAGAAACAGACUAUUAACUUGUAAAAGACAGCUGCCAUUUACUGAAAACUUACUCUAUAUCCAGCUGUGUGCUAAUCUGUUUAUGUCUAAUUCAUUUUUGUUCUUUAUGUCCCUGAGAGGCAUACUUUUGUCUUAUAUCUCUAUUUUAUAGAUGAAGAAACUGGCAUAGGGAGAUGUUAAGUGAUACUUUUGAGUCAUAUACUUAGGAGGGAGGGGAAUUCAGAUCUAUUGCUAAUGCCCAGUGGCUUAAAUAUGACCUCACAGUAAGCUCAGGUUAGAGUACAGCACAUAAAAAGAUAAUAGUCUUUAUUUGUGUUUCCAUCAGCCUGCCCUAUAAAUAAACCUAGAGCAGUGAUGGUGAACCUUGUAGAGCUUUCAGUGAUACCAACAGCCACUUCAGCACAUGUUCCAUAGGUUCAGCCUUCCUGAUCUAGAGUAACCACAAAUUCCUAUUCUGAGAGGUUCAACAAGAAUGGUCUCAUAAAUUUAGAGGGAAGGAUGACUGGCAACAUAAGGCAGCUAAGCUGAUCAAAUAAGAAUAGAAAUAAGAAUAAAUUUCAGAACAGGGAUUGAGACCUACAUGUGCUGAUGGAGUCUCACAGAGCCCGACUCAAGAAACUAUUGCAGAAACACAAUAGAAUGAUAAAAUUGGAACCUAGGAUUAUCAGAGAAGACCAAGGAGGCAAGCAGACUGAACAAUAUGACACAGAUGUAAUUGGGCGAUACUUCAUCAAGGAGUCUGUAUCUUCCCUCUUCGAACCCCCGAUACAAGAUUCAGAAUGGUUUACACUGAAUCCACAGGAAAAAUUGGCCUGGGCUAAAACAUCGAAAGACCCGAGGGUUGCUAUAGGUCAGCAGUCCCCACUGGAGAAAAAAAUCUUGAAUCUAGGUGGCCUGCAUACAACAGCAGCAAGACACUUGCUAACUCAGAAGCAUCGAGAGGAGUAUGAAACACUCUGCAGAGAGCAGGCUCGUUCUCUUGACUACUGGCUUGCCAAAGCAGAGUCCUACUAUAACAAAAGAAUCUUGGACAUAAUGAAAAGAGAGGCCACAGGCAAUGAAAUGAAGGUGAAAAUGGAGGAGGAAACAGCCCAAAACAUAGAGGGACAAAAGCAUUACUAUGUAGUACCUGAGAGAGAGAGGAAACAGAUAGAAAAGCACAUACAUCGAACAGGCCAGGCCAGAGGAUUUAAGGGCAGAACAUUUAAACAACCACGACCCCUCAGUGAUGCGUUACCAAAACUUAUGCCAGAAAAGCAGGGCACCCAGAAAGCACAAAGAAAUCAGGCAAUUGAGAGAGAACAGAUGCAAAUUAAGGAUCACCAGGAACGUAUGGCCCGAGGGAGAGAACUUAUAGAGCAAAGACUCAAGGAAAGAAUCCUGAGAAAAAGCCAGAGCCAGCUGCCUGCACACCUGAAGUGUGAGCGAGCUCGGGAGGAGGCCAGGGAGUUGGAAAGAGUUACUGUGUAUCCACUUUUCCAGCCCUGCGGGAGAAAUCGGGUUCAGGUGACUGUUUUUAUGGAAAAGGGUCAGACUAAAAAGGAAUAGGAUGCAGUUCUGAACCCACAUGAAAGAAAAUGCUUGGCUCUAACCCCCUUUAUGGAACAUCAAAUAGGAAAAUAAAACAUUAAUAAAUGUUAGUAAAGUUUCAAUGCUUUUGUGAUGAAAUCAUAUCUGUCAACUGAAUCUUUUUUAUUUUUCUUUGCCAGCUACCUCUGCUAAGGAUUUAGGCAUAUUCCCAUUUGUAUCACAUAUAGUAUAAGAUAGUUCUGAAUUUGAAAACUAGCUUAGCUGUUUUUAAUUGUCAUUUAUUCAAGUUCUUUAUCUUUUUUGUUCGGUUUCCCUAUUUGUAAAGUGAAAAUAAUACUUCACAGAACCAAUGGGCGGGUUAAGAUUUUUGUGAAGGAUUGGUGGGUGUAAGUUGUUUAAUAAAUGUUUCCCCAGUUGAGAAGUCCUGACUUGGGCAGUGGUAAGCAGUUUUUAUCGUCUGCCUCUCACAUUAUCCCCAUUCCUGACCUUUGAAGUCAGCCUGAUAAUGUUACUGUCGUUCUACUUACUAGCAGUUACUUUUGUACUUUCACCAGAGAAUUCCUAGCCAGGCCCUAAAAAUCUAACUUGCAUCACAUAAUUUAUUUGUAUGAGAAACUUCAUUGGACAGUUGUUUUUUUGUACCACGAUUGAAAUCAGGCUCUUGCGCUUGUCAGGCAGGUGCUUCAUUUGACAGUUUUCUGUGUACCAGUCAUUGUGUUAUAUCUCAGCCAUUGAGCUGUUUACUGCUAAUGGUAUAAAUCACUUUGUAAGUAGAUAGUAUGUGGCCUGAGAAAUGCCAGAGGGACAUGCAGAAUGCUGUACAAAGGCAGGACCCUAACCCCACCUAGGCAAACAGGUAGAAAUGGGAAAGCGGUCAGGGAAGGGAGAGGAGUGGGGUCACUUCUUCCAGCUCUACGUUCAAUGACUUUUUCCCACCCACCGAAGCAAGACCUUUCCUUCGUGUGGAUCCACUGAAGAUCAAGCACACUUAGCUUCCCAAACACUCGCCUCCAGUACCCACUGAAACAAGGAAGCAAA